GGCUGAGUACUGUGGAACAGCACUGGAGAAAUCAUUGGUGAGUUACUGGUGACUCGCAGUCGGCGCCAGAUGGUCGUACGUGUAGGGCGGAGCCAAAGGAAAGAGCAAAGGGGAGAGCUGGGCGGAGUGAGGGAAGCAACGGGCGGAAGAGCGGGCUAAGUGCCAGGGGACUGGUGCAGCGGAAGGUUUGUGGUCCCAGCCAGAGAGGAGAGACGAAAGAGACUGAUACCGAAACUACGGCCGUUCUGCUCGAAGCAAGUCGCGGGGUGUGGAAACGAGAGGAACCAACUGUUUAUCGUCAUUUCCUUCAGAAAUCUGGACAGGGAACCAUAGAGUAAGUUACUGACGAAAAGACUCGGACAAUAUCGAUUACUGGGGAUAUUAAUCCUGCCUUGUGCUGACAGACUUGAAAUCCGCUAAAACGUUGAUAAAAAUGGAACAUCAAAUAUUUGAAUCUAAAGAAGAACGUACAUUCCAGUACCAAGAUUCUUUACCUCAUUUGCCUGUUCCAUUCCUUGAGGAGUCCUUAGCAAAAUAUUUGGAUGCGGUGAAGCCAUUUUUGAAUGAAGAAGAACUUCAAAGGACUACAGAAAUUGUUACAGCAUUUGGACAAGGAAUUGGUAAACAUCUACAUCAAAAACUUCUGGAGAGGGCCAAAGUUAGGAGAAACUGGCUUGAGGAAUGGUGGCUAAUCACUGCCUAUUUGGAGGUCCGAAUGCCAUCAAUGUUGAAUGUAAACUUUGGAGGUUGUGCUCCUUACCUGGAACAUUUUUGGCCACCAAAAGAAGGCACACAGCUUGAACGAACUGCGAUAUCUGUUUACUAUACACUGCAGUUUUGGAAUCUACUUAGAAAGGAGUGCUUGGCUGUGCAUAAAGCUGGUGGUGUGCCAAUAGAUAUGAACCAAUUUCGUAUGCUGUACAGUACCUGCAAAAUACCUGGAGUAACCAGAGAUUCCCUUAUCAGCUACUUUAAAACUGAAGCUGAAGGUCCAUGCCCUUCGCAUUUAGUGGUCCUUUGUUGUGGGCGAGCAUUUGUCUUUGAUACCCUGUGUGACCAUCAAAUCCUUACACCGCCAGAGUUGUUCAGGCAACUCGCUUAUAUCAGGGAACGAUGCAACAAUGAACCAGAAGGGCCAGGUGUGUCAGCAUUAACUGCUGAGGAAAGAACGCGAUGGGCAAAGGCACGGGAACAUCUAAUUAGCUUGGAUCCCAAUAAUAUGACUAUCCUGGAACAAAUUCAGAGGUCCUUGUUUAUACUAUCAUUGGAUGAUGCUAGUCCCCAUGCAACACCUGACAAUUAUUCUGAAAUGAGUUUAUCAGCCCUAACUGGAAAUCCAACUAUACGAUGGGGUGACAAGUCCCACAAUUGUAUUAGUUACUCUAAUGGAACGUUUGUUUCAAACUGUGAUCACUCUCCAUAUGAUGCAAUGGUCAUGAUUACCAUGUGUUAUUAUAUUGAUCAAGCUUUGAAGAAGGUGGAAGGAAAAUGGAAGGGAUCAACUGCAGUACGUGACCUGCCUUUGCCAGAGGAGCUGGUUUUUGUGUUGGAUCAAAGGAUUCUAAAUGACAUAGAGCAUGCUAAACAACAGUAUUACAAGCAGGCAUCAGAUGUCCAAAUUAUCAGUUAUGCUUUCACUGCCUUUGGCAAAUCUCAGAUCAAACAGAAAAAGCUUCACCCAGACAUUUUUGUACAGCUUGCCCUUCAGCUGGCUUACUAUAGGUUGCAUGGACGGCCUGGCUCCUGUUAUGAAACUGCAACAACAAGACGAUUUUACCAUGGCCGAACUGAGACAAUGAGGCCCUGUACUGUUGAGGCAGUGGAAUGGUGCCGAGCAAUGCUGGAUCCAGCAGUUUCUAAUAUGAAACGUCAGCAGAUGAUGAAGAAGUCCUUUGUAAAGCAUCACAAAUUGAUGACUGAAUGUCAGAAUGGUAGAGGGUUUGACCGGCACCUCCUGGGUCUCCUUCUUAUAGCUAAGGAGGAAGGUCUUCCUGUGCCAGAGAUCUUUUCCGAUCCUGCCUUUACUAAAAGUGGCGGUGGAGGGAAUUUUGUUCUUUCAACUAGCCUGACUGGAUAUACGACAGUCUUGGGUGGUGUUCUUCCUAUGGUCUACAAUGGCUAUGGAUUUUUCUAUAGUAUUCGUGAUGAUAGGAUUGUUAUAAUUUGUUCUGCCUGGAAGUCAUGCCCAGAGACCGAUGCAGAAGAGCUAUACAAGGGGGUAGUUCAGUCCUUUCAUGAAAUGAUUCAGUUGAUGACAACAGCCCAGCUUUAAAUGAUAUUAGAAGAAGACGUACGGCUAAAAAGUACUAAAGUUCUAACCAUUUACAUAUUUGCGUUAGUGUACUAGUAAAUAUUGCCUAUGCCUCUGUAAAGUCGAUACCUCAGAACUUGAAGCUACAGGACAUUGAUUUUUAUCUUAAAUUCCUACUUUGCAAUAUCAAUGCAACAUUUUUGAAACCAUGCACAAUACAAUGCAAAAAGUGCAACAAUGCAGAUUCCUAAAUACAGGGCAGUUUUUGUAUUUUGCUUUUAACUCUGUAGAAUUAGCAAAAAGGUACUAAUAUUAAUUUUAUUUAAGUCUUGAUGGACCUAGUUUGAUUAAUUCUUAGAAACAUUUUAUAGAUCUGAAACUAUGAAGCAGACACACAUAUCUAGAAUAGAAAAUGGUGUACUUACAAUUUGUAAAUAUAUAAUUUUAGAGUUUAUCAAAAUAUUUACUAAGUAAACUAGAACACAAAAUAUAAAAAUUGUAUUAGGUAAAACUGGCGUGGAACAUUGUUUGACUCACAACUGUGUCUUGCUUUAGCAUUGCUGAUAAUAGUCUAUUAAUGUGGGUAUGAAGCAUGGAGUAACCAAAAUGACAUCGAGCCUGUUAAACAAACCUGAAAUCUUUUUGUCAUUUGAAGGAAGUUAAAAUGACAAACAAUUGUUCUAAUUUCUGAUAAAAAGCAGGCUCUAUUGCUGAUUGAAAUGCAAAUUGGGUAACAGGUGAAUUAUUCAGUGAAUGUGUUUUAUUUCCCUUGUUACCGUUAGUUUAAUAUUCUGUUUUAAGAUAUACCAAACAUUUAUUUUCUACCUGUUUUAGCUCACUGCAUGUCCAUCAAAAGUGGAGAAACAUUUUCAGCCACAUGCUGUUUUUCAUUAUCUCUAACAUAAAUGGGGAAGUGACCUUUUAACCUCUGAAACAACUCCUUUUCUAGGCCUUUCUUUUACAUAGUGGGUUCCCUUGUUGAUCACAAUGUCUGCUCCUCUUCCUUCCAUAAUCUUCUAUAGACUUUCUGAAAUCUUGCUUCCUUAGCACUUUUGAGACAACAAUGCACCUGGAACUUACUGUCUAGACUGCAAAACAUGGCGUUGAACCCUCCAAAUAAUAUUAGUCUGGAAACGGUACAGUGUUUCAAACUGAACCACUUUCAAAACUUAGAAGUCUAUGAAUUUGAGCCUGAGUUUUGUUUUUUGAAAAUAAAACUACACACUCCAUCUACAGCUAUAUAUCUCCAUACUAAAAGUAUGCACUGGCAGACAAGCACUGUAUAUUAAUUGCCAAUGAAGAACAAAUUAACCAUAAAUGAGAACAGAAAAUUUUGGAAACAAUCAGCAGGUCAGCAUCUAUGGAAAAUGAAACAAGAGUCAACACUUCAGGCCGGAGACCUUCAUCAAAACCGGGGAAAGAGCAAGGAACAAGUUAACUUUAAGUUGCAGAGAAGGUGAGGAAGGGAUGGAUAGGACAAAGGGAAUAUCUAUGAUGGGAUGAGGCCAAGAUUCCCAUGGGGAUAGGUUGUAGAGGCUUUUUGAUCAAAGGGUUAAUGGGGGCAGUUAGAGAGUGAGAAUCCUAACAAAAAAGUGCAGAGUUGGAAAGAGAAAAUCUAAGCCAAUGUCACAGAUGACUUUCAUCAGAAAUAACCGAUGUGGACAGAGAAAAUGAGUUACCAGAUAUUGUAGAAUUCAAGUCUGGAAGGAUGCAGUUGCUCAAGCAAAAGGUGGGGCACUGUUCCUCAAGUUUUGUUAUAAAAUAAAUAUCCUGUAGCAAUAGUUGCAGUUGUUUACAUUUUGGUGUUACCUGAUGUUUAAUAAGGAAGAUCACUACUGGAUGAAGGUUGAAAAUUGUUAAGUGAACUGUGGAAUAAAUAAAUAGUACAAGAAUGUUUUGCUAAAUAAAAAUAUAGCUAUGACAGGUAUGCAGAGACUACUAAAUAAGAAUGACCAAGGAUAGUUGGUGGUAAAAUAGACAAAAGUAAGAAGUCACCUAGCUCGACCCAAGGUUUGUGCUCAUUUCACAGGCAAUCAUUUGAGAUGUACCCAGACAAUGUGUAAAGAAAGAUGUAAACACUUGAUGGUAAAUUUGUGAAAAUUCUGGAUUUUUCUCUAAUGUUUGUAAUUAAUUUCACAAACACUGUAUUUUACAUCGUAUAGGCUGUGAUUUAGUUGCUUGAUUUGAAAGAUGCAAAUAGUAAGAUCAGCGAUUGUUGAAUAUGGAUUUCUUUCCAUUCAAUCUUACCUCUGAUUUGGAAGUUCUCUGGAGUUACUACUUUCUAGUAAUGUUUUUGUUUGAUCUCUUUACAUGGCACAUCCAUGAUUGAAAUCUUAA